AUGCCGGUCUGGCGUCACGGUGUGAGGACAACAACCCUCAACACUGAUAAAACAAAGGAGACGAUUGUGGACAUGAGGAAGAAGAAGAGGCCUCACCAGCCGCUGUUUAUCCAGGAGUGUGAGGUGGAGAGGGUGAGCAGCUUUAGGUACCUGGGCGUCCACAUCAGCGAGGACACUGAACACCACACAGCUGCCCUCUCUGCAGAGCAGCUACCAUCGCAGAGUCCAGAGGAGCGCUGCCUCCAUCCUCAAAGACCCCACACACCCCCAACACGGACUGUUCACACUUCUGCCCUCCAGAUGAAGUGUCGUGUCAAGAUCGGCCUCGGAUCGCGAGCUCAGCUGGAGACAAUCCAGACCUCUGGCAGCCCUGACAGCAACUUCCCAGGAUCUGAGAUGCUGCCAGGUCACUGUGGUGCCACCAGGCCUGGAGCCACGGCCGCAACCACAAGGAGUCCUAGAGGAGCCAGCGCGGCACAAUGCACCAUUGUGUACGAGCGCUGUGCUGAUCCUCGGCCCAGUCUGAUGGUUCCUUUUCCAUAUCCGUCCCGCUGCAGGUCCUUCAAGCCAGACUUUGUUCUGAUUCGCCAGCACGCCUACAGCAUGAUUCCCGGUGAGGACUUCAGGAAUCUUGUCAUCGGCCUCCAUUUUGGCGGCGUUCCGAGCGUCAACUCUCUCUUCUCCAUAUACAACUUCUGCAGCAAACCCUGGGUGUUUUCUCAAAUGAUUAAGCUGUACCGCUCCCUCGGCCCUGAGAAAUUCCCCCUGAAUGAACAAACGUUUUAUCCCAACCACACACAGAUGGUCACAAGUCCAUCCUUCCCUGUGGUUGUGAAGAUGGGCCACGCCCACGCUGGCAUGGGAAAGAUUAAAGUCGAAAACCAACAGGACUUCCAGGACAUCACCAGCGUGGUGGCUCUGGCAGGGACCUACGCCACCACCGAGCCGUACAUCCAGUCCAAGUACGAUAUCAGGAUCCAGAAGAUCGGCAGCAACUACAAAGCUUACAUGAGAACAUCCAUUUCUGGUAACUGGAAGGCCAACACAGGUUCUGCCAUGCUGGAACAGAUCGCAAUGACUGACAGAUAUCGUAUGUGGAUAGACUCCUGCGCUGAGAUGUUUGGGGGCCUCGACAUCUGUGCUGUGAAGGCCGUGCAUGGAAAAGACGGGAACGACUAUAUUAUCGAGGUGAUGGACAGUUCAAUGCCUCUGAUUGGCGAGCAUGUGGAGGAGGAUAAACAGCUGAUCACAGAGCUGGUCAUCAACAAGAUGGCCCAGGUGCUGCUGGGAGUUUCCAUGCCUCAGCCUUCAACUGUUAAGACCACGCAGCCCAGACGAGGGGGACAUCGUUCCGCUUCUGCCUCUCCAUCUCAGUCGGCCCAGGGAUCCCCUCAGAGAGCCCGGUCCGCCACUACGUCUCCCAGCCAGGCGUUCCAGCCCGGUCCCAUCCCUGCCUCGUCUGGACCUGGAGCUGGGAAACAGUCACCGCAGCUGAACAAAUCGCAGUCGCUGACAAACAGCUUCACGGAGACGUUACGAGGAAGCUUGACCGACGACGAGGCCAAAGCCGAGACCAUCCGCUCCCUCCGACAGUCCUUCGCCAGCCUCUUCUCUGACUAAAAACAUCCCUACCACCUUCCUCUUCCUGUCAUCAGGUUUCAGAAAAUAAUAAUAAUUGCUUACUCUGUUUGUUAUGGAGUCGCCUCUCUCCUUUCCAUGUUUGUGAAGUUUAACACUGGUGCAACCCUCUGUCCUCAAAUCAGUGAUCAAUCUAUCACUAGAAAGGCCAGUGGAUUUCAGAGGACCUACACCGUGUUGACUGGAGAUGGUAGAUUUUAAGAUGUCACCAAACCCCCCGUUCACGUUUCUAUUACUUUCAGGGAGCUUUGUUUUUUGCUAAUUAUUCCAUAUUCACGUUUAAUCUACGAAACUCCUGAAACAUUUCUAGUGACUCCAAUGUUGUGUUGAAACCUAAAACCUGUCCAUAGAAAUUGAACUUCCUAGAAAGCAAAACCAGCCAAUGGCCUUUUUAGUGGUAGGUGAUCACAGUAGAUAUUCAUAUUCUCGCUCGUGCUGCUUGGUAUAUAAUUGUUAUUCUGCAUUCUCUUUGUCCGACCGGUGAAACUAUUUCUAUGUUCAUAUUUCUACAUUUAUGUACAUCCGUCAUAUCUUCAGUUUCUUUAUUCGACACACAGCUUCCAAAUUGUUUGCAGAUGUCCAUGGCAAUAUUCUGAUCUGAACCAGUUCCACCUGAGUCAUGAGAAGCGUACUGAAUCCUCUCGCUUCACCAGCGGUCUCUUAAGCAUCUUAGCCAGCAGCAGCAUUUCUCAGACAUCCGUGUGCUGUAGACACAUAUUGGCUUAUGUAGUGACUCCUCUGCCUUGGCCUAACUUUACCAAAGUGCUUUUUAAUAACAAAAAAAGAACAGUUUUUUCUUAAAGAAACAACCCCCUUAACUUGUUUGAGAACACAAUCACACAGCUAAGAAAAACCUUUGAGCUUGUGAUUUUUUUUAACGAGGUGCAAAUGCUGUACUGGCUUACAGCCAUCGUCUUCCAUCACAGCUCUGCUCUUCCCCAGCAAAUUGUUCUUUUUCUUAAUCUUUUAUGUUUGUUAAUAGCACCGUGGGGUAUUUGUUGGUGUGGGGACUGAUCUAGCGACUAGUACUGGUGAGUCUUUAGAAGCAAACAGCAAGGGUUUGAUAUUUUAAUCAUCUGUCUCUUGUUCUCUGUCAGCUAGGAUUGCAGCUCAUUUAUUGUAGUACUUUUUAGGAGUUUUGCUCUGUAGCAGAUAUAACCUACGCACACAUAUACCUGCAGGAAUGGCAGCCAUCCUCUUCUAACAUCCGUCACUGUUUUGGAUCUGCAUGUAAAUGAAUGUGAUGUGUGGAGCCAACCUGUUUUCUUCCACAGUUUAUUUGAUGGGAGUUGACGCUUACUUUGAAUUUUCUGAAAGAAAAAUGCAUUUUUGGGUAACUUAUUAUGAAAUUAGACACCAAGUACUUUUGGUUUAUUGUAGAUGGAGUCUGUAGAUUUUCCAGCAUAUUUCGUAAGAUGGAAUGUGCAUACGCAAUGAAGCCUUCAAAGAAAAACUCUUAAUUGAUAACUGAUGGCAAAGAUCUCUUAUGACUAUUCAUUAGUUGGAUCUGAAGGGUAUGCAAAACAUCUUUGAUAGUUUACCAAAGUCUUAAAUUUCCAAAAUAUUCUUUUAAAAAAAAAGUUCAAAAAAUAAUGAGUGAGCUACAGAUUUUAGCUUCUUGUAGCAGCAAGCUCGAAGACACAAACUGACUACAUGAUUUUGCUUUCCAUGCAAAGAACAAUCAAAGUAUGAUACUCAAAGAUGAUACUAAAAUUAUCAAAAUGAUAAUGGUAAAUAAUAGUUUUAUCUUGUGACUUAGAAUGAGCUUGUAAUAGUUUCCCCCACCUUCCAUUUAAUUCAGAAUCUGGAUCUUUAGUAGAUAAAUGAUAAUCCCAAAGCCAGUGUUAAAUGAUGAAAGUUCCAGAAAAGGAGAAAAAAGUUAACUAGCCAUUUUUGCAAUAAUUACAUUCAUUGCAGGAAAAAAAUGCCACCACAGAUUGCAUAUUUAUCCUGCAAAACAUAGAAACAUUACAGUGGCAUUGACUAAAGAGAGCAUGGCUUAGCAGAUGUAAAUAAAGUGAAUUUAUGCUUCGUUUAGUUUCCUUAGCUUCAGCUACUACUUAUAAAUUUAACUAACAGGUUUCUUUCUUCCUUUGGAGCAAUGUUACUGUGGUGGCAAUUUUUUUCUGCAUUUUUCAAAUGGCUGGUUCUUGAGUUCAACUAGAAAGCUAACUAGCUAGCUAGAAUGCGGCUAGUCAGCUAACGGAUUUUAGCAGUAGUGGUUUAUUAGCUUGCUACACCAAAGGGGAUGCUGUGGGUUUGUUAAAAAUAAAUUAGUAAAUUAAACUUAAAUAUGCAUUUCUGAUGGAAACGGUUUGAGGCUAAACAUACUAGUAUACACAAAAUAACAGAAUAAUGCUAACUAAAAAUAAAUUACAUAAAAGUGCUAAUUACUCCAAAAUAACUUCAGGAAGACAUUUCAAAUUUUAGUCUAGCUAAAUUUUAUUUAAAUCAUGGCCAAGAGAGUAUGCUUUGUUGUUUCUAUCUUCCAGAGGGGAUGUUCUACUUUAAUAAAAGCAUUUGUGAGUUUUCAAUGCUAGCUUGGUCAACUUGGUUGGGGUUUUAAAGGUCUAAAAUUCCACAAAUCUAUUUAUUUAUUUAUAAAGAGCAGGCUUAAUCUGCUCGUGUUAACCAUCCUUGACAAUUUAAACAUUACUUUAUUUUUUUAAAUGCUCAUUAGGCUUUAAAGUAACAACAUCGUGGUUUUCCACUGUAGGCAGUAAGCUAAUUCUCCUGUCAGUUGUCAUGCUAGGGCAGAUAAACACUAAUGUAAUAAUUACUUAGCUUGUAUUUUUCGUUUUCGAAUAAUGAAAAUAUUGACAUUGCUUACUGUGAUUCUUUUGUUUCAAGUUAUCGCUGGCUAUAUUAAUUCUGACUUUUUGUCAAAUUCUCAUGCGUAAUCUCAGAUUUACUGCAGUGUCUUGUGUUAAACACUUUUGCAAGCAUCUUGUAGCUUUUGGUACUGUGUCAAAGUGGACCAAAUCUGCAUUUGAUUGUGAGGCCCCUUAAAGGUUUACAUUAAAUUGUUCCAUCUUACCUGUAAAGAUUAUUGCCACUUCGUAUAUAAUACUGCAGUGUGAUAAGCCAUAACCAAACCGUGAGGAUUUCCUAUCCCUUAUGUGCCACGCAAUAAAGGCUGUGACGUCGCUGAUAAAUUGAAAUGUUAACUUUAAACACUGUGUCUAUAGCCUCUCUUGUCCUGGAGAGAAACUGCAGUUACUCUUUCUGGAUAUCAAGGUUAUCGCGAGAUAUAAUUAUUUGCUCAUUCUGUCAGGGUGAAAGAUGAAAGAACUAUGAUGUCACUUUUCUCACAUUUUGGGUUUAAAAUACACUUUAGGAUCUGGCAUGUUCCAUAAAUAUGUUUUAUUGGGUCAAACUAUCCGGUUGUUAAGUCUGACGUCACUAGCCAUGUCUGGGCCUAAACUCCGCUGCAGGUCCAUAUAUCAAACGAUCACUAUGAGAGUUGAAAAACUGUCUAAAGUCUUUCAUCUUUAAUAAAAUGAUCAGCGUUCUGCUCUACCAGGUGUAACAAUUGAGUUUAACAUCCAGGCAUCCGUGAAAAUGGAAUUUAUGACGUUUAACGGAGUUAGACGUUAGCAGGAAGUUAGCUCGCUAGCUUCUAUCUACAUACAAUAUAGCAUGUCCUGACUGCGGGGUUUUGGAAACAAAUGAAAACGUACAGCUCUGUUAUCACU